AUCACAAGUUAAGUUUUAGCGAAACCCUAAUUUCACAGUGUCAUCGCCAUCUUGCAGAAAACACACUGCACAGAGUCGCACACAGUUCAAUCGAAGAAGAAGAACAACCAGAACAACCACCAUGAGGCCAAUUCUGAUGAAAGGCCACGAGAGGCCAUUGACGUUCCUCAAGUACAACCGCGACGGCGAUCUUCUCUUCUCCUGCGCCAAGGACCACAACCCCACCGUCUGGUUCGCCGACAACGGCGAACGCCUCGGCACCUAUCGCGGCCACAACGGCGCCGUUUGGUGCUGCGACGUCUCACGCGACUCAAGCCGACUCAUCACCGGUAGCGCAGAUCAAACAGCGAAGCUCUGGAACGUGCAAACCGGUCAGCAGCUUUUCACCUUCAAUUUCGAUUCUCCGGCGAGGUCUGUGGACUUGUCCGUCGGUGAUAAGCUUGUGGUUAUCACUACCGAUCCUUUCAUGGAGCUUACUUCUGCAAUCCAUGUUAAACGCAUUGCCGGAGAUCCUUCUGAUCAGACCGGGGAAUCUCUGCAUGUUCUUAAGGGUCCUCAGGGGAGAAUCAAUAGAGCUAUUUGGGGACCGUUGAAUAGAACCAUCAUCAGUGCUGGUGAAGAUGCUGUGAUUCGUGUUUGGGAUUCGGAGACUGGGAAACUGCUUCAAGAGUCUGAUAAGGAGAGUGGUCAUAAGAAGGCAAUCACAUCUCUUUCAAAAUCUGCUGAUGGGUCGCAUUUUGUUACUGGGUCACUUGAUAAGUCAGCUAGGCUUUGGGAUACCAGAACAUUGACUCUUAUCAAGACAUAUGUGACAGAACGCCCGGUCAAUGCAGUUGCGAUGUCGCCUCUUCUUGAUCAUGUGGUACUUGGAGGUGGUCAGGAUGCGUCAGCCGUUACCACUACUGAUCAUCGUGCUGGAAAAUUUGAAGCCAAAUUCUAUGACAAGAUUCUUCAAGAAGAAAUUGGGGGUGUAAAAGGGCAUUUCGGACCGAUUAAUGCUCUGGCCUUUAACCCUGAUGGAAAAAGCUUCUCAAGUGGAGGAGAAGAUGGGUAUGUAAGGUUGCACCACUUUGACCCAGAUUAUUUCAACAUCAAAAUAUAGUGCUAGAGAUUUUUUUGGUUGAUAUUAGGCUUGACUCCUAUAAUGUAGUUUUUAAUUUCUUUCACAAUAUUUCUGUGAUGAUGAUGUGCUUACAAAAGCUCUUCUAUCCGUAAUCUGCAAAAAUUUCAUGCUUGAGAUUUUCCUUUUUGGAUUAUGUUUACUGUAAUAACAUUAUGAUUUUGGUUGGAGUAUAAGUCCCGUUUUGUA